GGAGAUUGUAAAUUCCAAAUGAUGAGAGAAGCAAUUCAAGAAGAAUUUAAUUCCAAAGUUGAUAUCUGAUAUGAUGCCAGAGGAGUGAGAAAUCAUGCAAUAAUGAUUGGUUUUGAGCCAGGAGUGAACCAUUUUAGAAAUACAAAAAUUGAUAGAGCAACAGUCUUUCUUAAUAAAUUAAUUAAACAUUUCCAUGAACCAGAGGAAGGAGACGAAUUUAUAUUUGAUAAAUUCUUUGCGGAAGAUGAUCCUAUGAUGAGAAUGAUAAAAGUGAUAGCAGUUGAAGAGAGAAAGAGGAAAAUUCAGAUUGAAGUUGAACUGAGAUAUGGAGUUAAAAUCAAAAACAUUUCAUUCAACGAUUGAAACUUUAUAUGCAGAAUAUAUGGAAUGAAUGAAAAUAUACAGGAAGCAAAGAAAGGUUUAGAAGAUUUGCUCAAGAAAACCAAAAAUAAGCUGAAAUACCAAUACAUCCCCUUGGAACUUUUCAAAUACUGAAUGGAGAUGAGCUAUUUUGAUGAUGACCAGAAGUGGAGAGAGAACAAUACCUGCAUCAAAAGAUGAGAAGAAAUUAUGGAAGAUGAUUCUUUGAGUAAAUUCCCAAGAGCAAAGCUUAAUAAAAGAGAGAUCUGUGGUUCAGGAAUAUCAGUGAAUAAAAUGUAUAAUCAACUCGAGAAUGAAAGACAAAGUAAAAAUUGGAAUAAGCAGAAAUUCGAAGAUGAUCUCAGUUUUAUCUCUGACAGAAUUGUGUUCCCAAACUACUACAAAAACUCAAUGAUCCAAGCGAGUCCUGAUUUCUCACAAGAAAAAAAUAUAUAUGACUUGAAAGUUCCAGAGAGCGCUUCCAUCACUGAAUUCUUCAAUAUAAUGAAGGAUAUUGAGGAUAAAGUGUUCCCUUGGCUUGAGAUUAGAUUCCCAGACACCUGGCAUAAGUAUUCUGAUCAUAGAAAAGCACUAAAAGAAAGAAUUACUACAUUAGAGGAUAAUCCAAUUUUGGCUGACAUUAAAGAUCUUAAAAGCUUUAAAGACAUUAAAAAGAAAAUAAAUAACGAAUUUAAAAAUGAUAGGAUGAGCUUAACCAAUAUUACUAGCAUUCAUCAUGUGAGAAACAAAUAUCUUUUUGCCGUAUAUCAAUGUUGUACAGAAGAAAAAUCAAAGACCUUAUAUGACCCACAUAAAGAGAAUAUGUUAUGGCAUGGAACUGGAGGAGUAAAUCCAACUGAAAUCUUGCUGUCUGAUGAAGGAAUUGAUAGGAAGUAUGCAAGACCAAUCAAUAAAAACGCAGAAAACGAAGAUGAAAUGGUUAAAUAUUUCGGAAGAGGAACAUACUUCGCUUUAUCUUCUGCUUACUGUGACAAAGACUAUGCAUACAAAUAUGGUGGAAGCGAACGUCAAAUACUAUUUUGAAGAGUAUAUAUUGGAAACUAUGAUUUUGGUCUUAGUGCAUUGGAGCCAGAUUCCUCCAGACCUUUAAAGAAAGAAGAUUUUUCUACUGUUGUUGCAAAAGCCAAAGCUUUAGCUAAAUCAAGCUUUGGUGCUUACAAGAACGAAAAUAAAGCAGACAUAGAGAGAAAAAUCAGAAAAGAAUAUGGCGAUAAUCUAGAUAAGCAUUUAUUCAAGGAAAAAGUUACAAGAAAAUUGGAGAGAGAUUUCUUUGUAGAAGAAAUCAAUUUUAAUAAGAAAGCUGAAAAAUUAGAAGCAAAAGCAGGUCGCAAUAAGAAUGUCAAGGCUAGAAAUGCUAUAUCUUAUUCAAUCAAUGCGGCAAAUAAGAUGGAAGCCUCCCAAAGAUUUGAUAGCAUCAUGGAUGAUAGGUUCUUGAUAGAGAAAACUAUGUCAGGCAGUGCUCCCCCAUCAAACCCAAGAAUGUUUGUUGUCUUCGAAAACUGUCAAGUGUACCCAGAGUUCUUGGUCACAUAUAAGCAUUGUGGAUUACUAAAAGAUGAUGAAGAACAAAAUAAUGAAGUUGGAUAAAUCUAUAAGUUUU